AUGAGCCGUAGACGACAAAAUAAUAAAGAACCUAAUCCAAGACAAAGAAUAUCAGACCAGCCUUCUGGUCGUCCUAACGUUAGUACAUCUAAAAAUCAAAAUGAUCGUAACAAGGGUAACAGAAACCAAAAGAGAGGAGGUGGUAAAAAUAACCGUGAUAACCGUGAUAACCGUGAUAAGUUAAGUCCAAUAUUACCGAACCUCUUUGAAAUCGUAAAGCCGGAAAAAAAAGGUUUUCGUGCGAUACCGAUUAUUCCAACUGAGAAGGAAAUUCUAGCACCACAACCGGAAGAUAUUCCAAUAAAUCGAAUUGAUAAACCAUACGAUUCAAUGGACGAGUAUCUAGAAACUCAUUAUAAAUUACUAAGAGAAGACUGUCUAAGACCUCUUCGUAAAGGUAUACAGUUUUUUCGAACAAAACCUGAAGAAAAUAAUCGAGAUUUACGAGUAUAUGUUAAGGUUAAUCUUGUGGGUGUAACAUUCGCAAAAAUUGGCGUUGUACAUCGCAUCAGCUUCAGAACCAAAGAUUUUGAGCGUGUUAAUUGGUCCACAAGCAAGCGUUUACUUCCCGGAACAUUAGUCGUCUUUUCAAAAGACAAUUUUGAUACAAUGAAGUUUGGAACAGUUGUAAGCCGACCUCUUGAGCUACUCGGGAAGAGUUUUGAUUUACAAAUUGAUGUUGAAUCAACUACAUCGUAUUUCGAAGCUUAUAGGCACGUCUUAAAUAUCCUUCAGGAAUUGGAUCCUGAAACGUUACCAUUUAAGGAACAUAUUGUUGAACGAAAAUUAGAAAUCGAAAUUCCAAAAUAUUUGAAUGCUAGAAUUCCCAUCUAUGAGCUUGGUAAAACAGAAGCGUUUCAAAACCUUGAAAAUUGUAUUGGCACAUCUAGGCUUAAUGUUCGUGAAAAAUGGGAUAAUUGGCCAACGAUAGAAGAAAUGAAAACUGAAUUACAUAUUUCACAAUACGAAGCAUUAAAGAGGAUGCUUACAUGUCGAUUAGCUUUAGUUCAAGGACCACCAGGUACAGGAAAAACUUAUGUGGGUCUUACUGCAGUUAGAAUUUUACUAGAGAAUCUUCCAGGUACUAUUGUUGUUGCGUGUCAAACAAAUCAUGCGUUAGAUCAAUUCCUUGAAGGCAUUCAACUUUAUGAGGAAAAUAUUAUUAGACUAGGUUCAAGAUCUUCUUCAACUCUAAUCAAACCGCGUACAUUGUUUAAUAUACGAAGCGAUAUGAAAUCGUCUAAUAAUACAAAUUUUAGAAAUCGGAAUCUUAAUCUUUUCUUUGUUAAAAGAAAGAAGAUUGAGGAUGAAAUGAAAGAUUUAUGUAAAGAGAUAGGGAAGCCAUGUCUUGAAUUGGAUUUUAUCAAAGAACAGGGAUAUCUCACAGAUGAGCAAAUUUCGAGUCUUAAACAAGAUGAUUGGUAUUCAAGUAGUUCAGCCGGUAACGAUGACAGCGAUAGAGACUAUAUACAAGAAUGGCUAGAAGCCUCAAUCUCUGCUGCAGCUUCGAAGCAAAAUGAACUUGAUUAUCAGUUUUUCCAAUUCUUGUCGGAAGAUUACGGGGAUCAAGGAAUUGAUGGUGGUCAGCUUACAAGCGGUGACUUUUUAGAAUUAAGGAAUGAAAAAUGUAUAAAGUCGGAUGUAUACGUUAGUGAAGAUAUGAUACGUGAAUAUUCUUCCGCUGAAGAUUUAUGGUCUAUACCUCAAGAAGUCCGUGUAGAAAUGCAUAGACGUUGGCGUCGUGUAAGACUGGAAGAAAUUUUUGAUCGACUUAAACACCUUUGUGAGCAAUAUCUCAAAUUUUCUGAGCAGAUAAAAACCGAAAGGAUUCGUGAAGAUUUGUUUAUUCUCAAAGGGGCUCGCGUUGUUGGGAUGACCACUACAGCCGCAGCCAAAUAUCAUGAUUUACUGAUUAAUUUGGCACCAAAAAUCAUGAUUAUUGAAGAAGCCGCCGAGACUUUGGAAGCACACAUUGUGACCGCUCUUACACCUGCGACUGAACAUUUGAUUCUUAUUGGCGACCAUCAACAACUUCGGCCAAAUACUUCUGUGCAUGAUCUUGCCAAAAAUCAUCAUUUGGAUGUUUCAUUGUUUGAACGGUUGACAAAAUUCUUGCCAUAUUGUCAACUCACUGAACAACGCCGUAUGCGACCGGAGAUCAGAGAAUUGCUCACACCAAUUUAUAAAGAUGUCCUCACAGAUCACGAUAAUGUAUGUAACUAUCCUAAUGUUCCAGGUUUUUGUAAUGAUCUCUUUUUCUUUGAUCACCAAGAAGAGGAGGUUCACGAAGAAGAUACGAUGAGUAAAAAAAACAAGUUUGAGGCAGAGAUGUGUACCAAAUUUACCAACUAUCUUGUGAAAGGUGGAACGAAUGCAAAAAAAAUUACCAUUUUAAGUAUGUACUCUGGUCAAAGGAAACUCAUUGAUAAGUUAUUAAGAGAUGAAUCUCGUAAUACACCAGAAAUUGUAGAUGUUCGUGUAUGUUCGGUGGAUGGCUUUCAAGGAGAGGAAAAUGAUAUAAUUCUUUUGUCCUUGGUAAGAAGCCGUGAACCACGACAGAGUAUAGGUUUUUUGAAUGUGUCCAACAGAGUUUGCGUUGCUUUAUCACGAGCUAAACAUGGAAUGUAUAUUUUUGGCAAUGUAUCACAAUUAAAAAUGCAAUCUGAGCUUUGGCGAGAAGUUUUGAGAAUACUUGAAAAAUCUGGACGUUGCGGUCAAUCUAUUGACCUGUAUUGUCAAAAACAUUCUAACCCUAAUAAAGAAGAAUGGCCACGUGGUGUGGUGAUAACUGAAGUUACAUGGUCUGCUGAAAUACCACCUGAAGGUGGUUGUAUGAGGGAAUGUGAAGAGGUUAUGGAAUGUGGUCACAUUUGUCCAAAUAAAUGUCAUAUAUUUCCACAUAAUACUUGUAAGGAAAAAUGCAUCCGGAAAUUCCCUUCUUGUGGUCAUUCAUGUUCCAAACGAUGUGACGAUCCUUGUGGAAAUUGUGAACAAAUGGUUGUGUUUCGCCCACCAUGUGGACACGAAAAAGAAGUGUUUUGCUACGUAAAACAAUCACCUGGUAAUUAUAGAUGUAAGGAGACGUGUUCUAAAAAAUUACCAUGCGGGCAUCAGUGUGAAGAGAUUUGCUCAUCACCCUGGUGUACAACGAUGUGCCGAACUAUGGUUAAAUUUGGAUAUCCUGAUUGUAAUCAUGUAAAUCGUUCCCCUUGUUAUGAUUAUAACGCUAAAGAAAUUAAGAAAUGUCCUUAUUGCUAG